CAUUGAUGUGACAGCACAGAUUUUUUUCUGAAAUGUAUUGUCUCUUAAAAUAAGAUAUUGGUUUAUUCGUUUUAUGUCAUUUCAAAUUGGUUAGAUUAUUAUCGAUGUUACCUUCUGACAUAGAUGAUACAAUUGUAGAGAACAAAGCGGAAAUAGGCGAGAUGAUGCAAACUCUUCCGUCAGUCCAGGCAUGUCAGCUGUCUGUGGAGGAGACGACCCGUAUUCUAGAUGUGAACCUCAGUCAGGGCCUCGACAGGUCAGAGGUCACUAGGAGACGGGCUGUUCAUGGAUUCAACGACUUUGACAUAAACCAGGAAACUCCACUGUGGAAAAAGUACCUGGAACAGUUCAACAAUCCUCUUAUCCUGCUUCUACUGGGUUCUGCCGUGGUCAGCGUCUUUAUGAGGCAGUUUGAUGAUGCUAUCAGUAUCACUGUGGCGAUUGUGAUAGUUUCCACUGUUGCGUUUGUCCAAGAGUAUCGCUCGGAGAAGUCACUGGAGGCUCUGACCAGCCUUGUGCCGCCCAUGUGCCAUUGUUUACGCGAAGGUGUACACGAAUCCCGUCUAGCCAGAGAUCUGGUUCCCGGCGAUGUGGUUGACUUGAUGGUGGGAGACAGGGUACCAGCAGACCUCAGACUGGUUGAGGCAAAAGACCUCGCUAUUGAUGAGUCAUCCUUCACAGGAGAGACAGUUCCGAGUCCCAAGUCUGUGGCUACCCUGCCAAAGGACAGGUGUGUACCAGCCAGUAUUACCCAGAGGACAAAUGUGGCCUUUAUGGGGACCCUGGUGCGCUGUGGACGGGGACAGGGUAUAGUGAUAGGAACUGGCCACAACUCUGAGUUUGGAGAGAUCUUCAAGAUGAUGCAGAGUGAAGAGGCCCCAAAGACCCCUCUCCAGCGCAGUAUGGACGCCCUGGGCAAGCAGCUGUCUUUCUACUCGUUUGGUAUCAUCGGUGUCAUAAUGAUCCUGGGCUGGGUUCAGGGGAAAAACAUCCUUGAUAUGUUCAACAUAGGUGUCAGUCUGGCAGUUGCGGCCAUUCCUGAGGGUCUGCCUAUAGUGGUGACGGUCACACUGGCUCUGGGGGUAAUGAGAAUGGCCAAGAGGAAAGCCAUCGUGAAAAAACUGCCCAUUGUGGAAACUUUAGGUUGUGUAAAUGUGAUAUGUUCAGACAAGACCGGCACGUUAACCAAGAAUGAGAUGACUGUUACGCAUAUACAUGCCUCGGAUGGUACAUACGCUGAGGUGUCUGGUGUAGGUUACAACAGCGUAGGUGAAGUGAAGUGUAACGGCCACAUAGUGGACGAUCAAAGCUACCCCUCCAUAAGAAAGGUGAUAGAGAUUGGCUGUAUAUGUAACGACGCUGAGAUACAUAACAACCUCUUACAUGGUCAACCUACAGAGGGCGCCCUGCUGGCUUGUGCGUUAAAGAUGAACCUACACAACUUACAGAACCUGUACAUCAGGGUGGAUGAGACGCCGUUCUCCUCAGACACAAAGUUCAUGGCAGUACAGUGUACGCCAAGAUAUGGACAGAGCAAGGAGCUUAUCUACUUUGUGAAAGGGGCCAAUGAGCGGGUGUUGCAGAUGUGUACAAAAUUCCACAGCGAUGGUGGGAAUCUGCCCCUACAGGAACAACAGAGACAGAUAUAUAGAAAGGAGGAAUACAGGAUGGGCUGUAAUGGGCUCAGAGUGCUGGGUAUGGCGUAUGGGUCCAGCAUGCAGAGCCUGGCAUAUGUGGGUAUGGUGGGGAUAAUAGACCCGCCCCGCCCCGGAGUUCGGGAGGCUAUAAGUCUUCUUAUGCAGGGGGGUGUGUCUGUCAAGAUGCUGACUGGUGACUCACAGGAAACUGCAAAGGCUGUGGCAUCUCGACUGGGUCUGCACCAGGAAGGAGGGAGAACUCUGUCAGGCGAGGAAUUAGACAACCUUGACAUCGCACAGCUACGCUCUAUCAUCAGCCACGUGUACAUCUUCUACAGGGUAACCCCCAGGAACAAAGUCAAAAUUGUCAAGGCUCUUCAAGCUAAUGGCCAGAUUGUUGGAAUGACGGGUGAUGGUGUAAAUGAUGCAGUGGCCCUCAAGGCGGCCGAUAUAGGUAUAUCGAUGGGCAUGUCGGGCACAGAUGUAUCAAAAGAGGCAGCUGAUAUGAUCCUUGUGGAUGAUGACUUCUCGGUCACAUUGAGUGCCAUCGAAGAGGGCAAAGGGAUCUUUUACAACAUAAGAAACUUUGUGAGAUUCCAGCUUAGCACGAGUAUAGCAGCACUCUCCUUGAUCGCACUAUCCACCUUGUUUGACCUACCAAACCCCCUCAAUGCUAUGCAGAUACUCUGGAUUAACAUCAUCAUGGAUGGACCGCCUGCACAGAGUCUUGGUGUAGAGCCAGUUAACCAUGAUGUUAUACGCCAACCACCUCGCAAAGUGAAGGACCCGAUUAUCACCCGAUAUUUCAUAGUCAACAUUCUCGUGUCAGCAGCCAUCAUUGUAUGCGGAACUCUCUGGGUCUUCUGGAGGGAGAUGAGCGACAACAAGAUCACACCACGAGAUACGACCAUGACCUUUACAUGUUUCGUACUGUUUGACAUGUUUAACGCACUCAGUUGUAGAUCUCAGGAUAAGUCCGUAUUUGAGCUAGGACUCUUCACCAAUCGGAUGUUCCUGAUAGCAGUAGGUGGCUCUCUGAUUGGUCAACUGCUCGUUAUAUAUUUCCCGCCACUUCAGAAAACAUUCCAAACAGAGGCACUCUUCUUCUCAGAUAUCAUAUUUUUACUCGCACUGUCAUCCUCAGUGCUGAUAGUUUCAGAGAUUAGAAAACGUAUACAGAACGUUUUAGACAGGCGAAGGAAACAAAGAAACACGGAGGAAGAAUCCUACUUCUUUGUUUGAUGAUAGAACACUAAUGUAUUAAGGUCUGAGGAAAAUAGUUCUCUGAUUGUCAUUAAGAUUUUUGAAAAUGGGGGCAGGUAGGCAGAUUUACUUUUGAAUAAAAAGCAAUGUGGUAUUUUAAAAAUGAUUUUAUGUUGUUCCAUUUUUAAGCUGGUCUGGGUUUUUGUGGAAAUAGUGACAACGUAUUGUGACUGCCUUGGUGUGGGAGUCGGUGUUAGCAUUAUAAUCCUGGUCAGAGCUCUUAAAAUGUUCAAAAGAUAUUUAAAUGAAGCAUGUGAACAGGGGCAGUCUUGAAUAAAAAAACUGACACUAAGUUUGUCUGACCUAACGAUCAUUUAUUAUUGUGAUAUUUUGUGAUUUUAUGUAACAAUUUGAAGGGAUUUUGAAUGGAUAAGAAAGAUCACAUGAUAAUAAAAAGGCUCUAUUUGGGUCAGAUUUGGGAAAAAGAGGAGACAAAAAUGUAUGUUUGGAAACUUUUUUAUUUAUAAUAUCUCAUUGAAUUCUGUUUGGAACAAAAAUUGUUGUGUUAAAUGUGUGAAAUGGAAUUCAUGUUAACAUUUUUUUAAUCACGUAAAUAUUUGAAAACAUAUACAGGGUACAUACAUGUUCUUUUGCCAGUAUGUCAUUCCAAAUUUCAAAUGGAUUUGCACCCCAUAAAAAAGAUCAGGACAAUUUUAAGUUAUUGAAAGUUAUUUUUCUGUGAAUAAUUGUUGGAUACUUUAUCAUACCUAUGUUUUCAAUUAUUUUAAUAACUUCAGCUGAAGUUAUCUCAUGUUAUAUUCCAUAUGUGUUAUUUAUGACUUUAUAUUUGUGGUUAUUUAUUUAUAAAGUGUACUUGUUCUUUUAAAUGUAGACAUUUCAUAUAAAUGCUGUUUAUAUGUAUAGUUUCUACAUGUAAUUUUUGAUGAAUCAAUGCUCAAUUUUCUUAAAAAAAUAUUAGAAGAAACAAAUGCUGUUAAUAUUAUGUAAGCUUUUAUCCAAAUCACUCUCUUUUCAACAGGAUUCAAUUAAAAGCACCAUAUCAAAGUCAUGGCUGUAGUAUAUAUGUUAACUUUAAAGCCUAUUGAAACGUUUGAUGUUCAUAUAGAUUUUAAUUACCUGCAGCCAAACACAAAUCCCUAGCAGCCAAUUGUAUAAAAAUGGAUAAGAUACCCGGUGGUUAUCUUUUGGAUAAAUUCCUCAAAAAGCAUUUUAAUUGGUUGUCAAUAAUUAUUGAAUAAAAUAUCGACCAAUCAAUACUUAUUUCUGAUAACUUAAACCAAACUAAAGGAUUAACCAGUUUUAUACAAUUGCCUGCAAAUGUAUAACUUUACAUGCUGCUUAACUGAGGUUUUCAUUAGAACAUUAAAAUGGAACAAUGCCAUAAAAUUACACGAUAUCUUAUCUUGUAUGCACUUUUACCACAAGUGAAAUGUUUCUGUAUAGUGACAUCUUACUCUGAACAUAGUUCUCUUUUUCUUUUUAUAUCAUGCUUUUAAUUCAUUAAAAACGAUAUUUAAUUGGUAAAUCGUGCCAUGUUUUAGCUGAAUAAGGUUUUGCGUUAAAAUGAUAUCAUAACGUUAAUUCGUUACCGAUGUGUGUUUAAUUUGUUUGUUUUUUACAAUAAAACAGCUUAACAUUAUGUUCAAAUGGUGACUUUAACAGUAUAUAAUCCAAAGUUAAAUUUCAUUAAAUCAAAGAAAAACAUAAAAUGAAUUGUACAUAUUCAUAUGCAUAUAUUAUAUUAAAGUGUGUCUGCAAGAAAUGAUAACUGUAUUAUGAUUGUUAAUAAUUAUUUUAUAUGUAUAUUUUGAUGAAAUUAACACAUAAAUAGUGCUUACAAAUUUAUAGUACUAAGCAAUUUUAUUCUUGUAUUAGUAAAGGUUAUCUUACUUAAUUAUAUGUAGUUUGAAUCUUGAUUAGAAUAUUUUUUGAUGUUUCAUAAUUUCACAUGAUGACAUGUAUUCUUUGUCCCAUUUCUAUUCAUAUGAGGUAUGUGAAUCAUUUCAUGAAAUUUUAUGAAGUUAAUUUAACUGAUGCAACGCCAAUAUUGAAAGAUAAUAUAUGACAUAUAUGAAAGUUAUACCUUAGCUUUGAUCUGGCUAGUUUUAUUUUGAACUCUAAAAUUGAAAGAAAAUAACAUCCAAAAUAUAUUUUUUUUUACAUGUAUCGAAAUGAAGGCACUCAAACUUUAUUCAAAAGGUACAUAAAUUAUUGUAUGUUUUAGUAAUGGCAUAGCUGGUCUAGACUUAAUGUGCAGGCACCAAAUUAGGCCAUGUCCCCCUACAACACCCACAGCCAUCCACGCACAUUUUUGAAAAUAAGUGUGCUGAUGGAGAACACAUUUCCAUUGGUAUAACUGACUUAAUAUUUUUGUUUCUUACCAUUUCGACACAAAGAAUGUCAUAUUUGAAAAAUGUUGGGAUGUGCAGUACAGACCUGUUUUUCUUGCAGGAGUCAUGCCGCUGUUAAGUAUAGAUUAUAUUUCUGUGUAUUUGUAAAUCUUCAAUUUUCAUUAUUGAUUUGAAAAAUAAUGUAACACUAACAAACAUCAAUUUCCCUGGUGAAGCCAUUAUAAAAGUGCCAUGCAGCAUUUCAGAAUGAACAACAUUAUUUUUAUAUCAUGUAUAUGUUCGGUUAUUCAAAUUUAUUGUACUUACAAAUGGGAUCAUUAUUUCUAGCCACAUUGAAGAUAUUGGCACUUAGAUUCAUUAUUUCACUGUUAAUCACAGUUCAUGAUGUGUAUUGUACAACUCCCUAUUUAGGGUUAAAAUAAUUGUGGAAAUCUUUCAAUAAACUACAGGCUGUUUGUCGUUGACCCACUCACUGUCGGUGUGCAAUAGUUGUUCUUUGGCAUUGAAUAUAAUUUAAACAUUAAUACAUUACAUUCCUUAUUUUAAUGGUAGUCAGUAAACAUGAGAAUAUCCACCUCUUAAUUAUUAUUAUUUAUAUGUUCUGUAUGUUGAUAGUAUUAUCAAGUAAAACGUAACUAACUGUAUCAGAGUCCUUUACACAAAAGUCAAUAUAUAUUUGCCAUCCAAUAAAGUUAGGGUACAUUACUCUUUUUUUAAAUAAUAUUUUUUUAUUUCAUUGUUAAAUCAUCUGACGUAUAAUCACAUAAUCUUUUUUGACCUGUGUUUUUGUUGAUAUUUCGAAUUAAAGAAAUAAAUAACUGUUUUUUUAGUAUACACCUAUCACAAAUCCACACGCAAUACAUAUCGCAAAAUACGAAAGACAGUAAUCCACUCCAGUCCAAUACAGCCGUAUUACACUCUGCUGACGUCAUAUCAAAACAGAUAUCGUUGCGCGAUGUUAAAAUGAAGUUAGAAAACAAAAUAGUGCGACAGCAAAAUGACAUUUAUUAUGAAAACAUGUGAUGUAUCCAGUAAUGGUUAAAAUAAAGGGGUUAUAAAUAGUGCAUUUUGAUCCUGAAUGUUGUUUUCGAUUUUGAUUUAUUUUGGCUUGGAAAACCGAGUGUGCAAAAAUCUAAUCGAGUCGAAUAAAAUCACUGGGAACAAAACUCUAUACCUAAAGCCUUAUUGCAUUAGACCUCAUAAACUCUUCUUAUUUACCUUCUUACUUAGUGACAAAAAACUGUUAUAAUUAUCUACGUAACAUAAUCAUCUAGUAACUAAUAUAUUAUUUAUUGAUUAUGAAUGCAUACUGAUCAACAUUUAGUUGUUUGCAGUGUUGUCAAGUCCCUUAUCAUGAUGUACAUCAAAGGCUUAGCACUAGACUUGUAAUGCCUUCUAUUUUACUAUAUUGAGUUACAACGAUCUGGCAUUAAGCCCGCAAUAUGUAACUUUCAGCCUGUUUUCACUUGCUGUUUUGAAAAUAUUCUAUAAAUGAUAUGAUCUU